AUGCAACCCAAGACCAGCUGCGUGCUCUGCGCCCUCACACUCCUCACCAGCUUCCUGGCCGUCUGCCUGGGCGCCUUCUUCAUCUCCUCCGGUCCCCUGGCCGGCUGCUGCUGGCGGAACCUGGUGGCGACCUACCUGCUCCUGCCACUGGGCUUCCUGGCCCUUCUGUGCGGGAUCUGCUGGAGCACCUACAGCCAGCUGAGCAAGAGCAAGAGGAUGGUCCACCAUCUGCUCCACCAGCACCGGGCUCAGGGGGUCCUGGCCACGGUGGACAGGCCGGACGGUUGCCCUCCAGCCUACGAAGAGAGCCUGGCCUUAGGCCCACCGACCUGGUCGUCGGGCAGGGCAGCCCCUGAGGCACCCCCACCAGCGUACACGGAGAUGGACCUGGGCCACAGCAUUGACAUCGAGGCCCCUCCCCCCUACAAAGAGUCCCCAACAGAUGCAGCGGCUGCCGCUGCACCCCGGAACACUGAGGGGCAGACUUGGGGGUGCUGAGGGCAGCAGGGUCCUGGCGCUGUGACCCACCCUGAUUGGAGCAGCUGCUUGACAGUGGACCCAGUGGAGGGGUCGUGGGAGGGGCGCCAGGUCAGCGGUCUGGUCUGGUCUGGAGCAGCCUUGGGGACCCUGGGCAAUGACUUUGCACUGGCAUGCUGGGAUGUGGCCGGGCAGGAGGGACCAGGCAUGUCCAGCACCAGGAUGCCAAGAUGCAGACUCUCACUAAGCUGUAAGCACAACCCUGCUGGCCUCCAGGUCACAGGAGUGCUGGCUCUGUGUCCCCUCGAGUCCCCUCUGGGAGCAGAGUGGCUGGUGGCCCAGAGGGACAGCCUGGAGACCCGAGAACUAGAAAGGCAAGGCUCACGGAGCCAUUUA